AUGAUUCGAGAAGAUGAUCCACAGUUUCGAAUAACUCCUUUCCAACAAAUGGCAUCGGCAUGUUCCGGUGCCCUUAUAACCUCGUUGUUCAUGACUCCUUUGGAUGUGGUUAAAAUCAGGUUGCAAGCUCAACAGAAGGCGUUACUUUCAAACAAAUGUUACCUUUAUUGCAAUGGUCUUAUGGAACACCUAUGUCCUUGCGGUGAACCUGCUUGGUUACCAAAACGAGUACAUUUUCAAGGCACAUUUGAUGCUUUUUAUAAAAUAGCAAAAAUUGAAGGAGUUGGGGCAUUAUGGUCGGGUCUUAGCCCCACUCUAGUCCUAGCCCUUCCGUGUACAGUAAUUUAUUUUGUGUCAUAUGAACAAUUGAGGCUUAAGAUGAAAAACGCAUAUAACAACUUUACAGCAGACCCUGUGGGUCAACCAAUAUGGAUACCAUUAAUAGCAGGAGCUACAGCACGAACAAUAGCAGUGACAAUAGUCAGUCCUCUAGAACUUAUUAGAACCAAGAUGCAGUCCAAAAAAUUAACUUAUGCAGAAAUCACCUUAGCACUGCGGAAGGUUUUCAAAAAUGAAGGGUAUAGAGGACUAUUUCGUGGUUUAGGAUCAACUUUAUUGAGAGAUGUUCCAUUUUCAGGUAUAUACUGGACGACAUUCGAAUCAACAAAGAGAGGGUUCGAGAAACCGACUUCAGAAAAGAAUACAUUUAUAUUAAAUUUCUUUUGUGGAUCUGUAGCUGGCAGCAUUGCUGCACUCGUUACCCUUCCAUUUGACGUAGUUAAAACACAUCAACAAAUCGAAUUAGGAGAAAAAGAAAUAUACACAGAUGGUAAAGUUCACCAGAGGGCCGCAAAUAUGAAAAAUAUAGCACUGAACAUAUAUAAAAACAAUGGGUUCAAAGGUCUCUUUACAGGACUUCUGCCUCGAAUAUUUAAAGUAGCACCUGCCUGUGCGAUUAUGAUAGCAACAUUCGAAUAUGGAAAGCAGUUUUUCCAAAAACACAACACACAAAAAUAUAAGGAGAAAAUGCAGAGGCCCCAGGAAAUAGUGCUUGUUGGACAAUCGGCAAAUAGUAAUGAUUAUUCCUAA